GCCCCGCGGCGGAGCUUCCUGCCCCUCCUCGUCCGGGAUGCUUCUGCCGCUGCUGCGGAAUAGCUGCUUCCCUCCCUCCUCUCCCGGCGGCGGCGUGGACGGCGGCGCCCAGCACCGGCCGGCGGCGCAGGGGCCUCGCGAGCGGGGCGGGGAGCCCGGGCCCGGGGCGGCGCGCGGCCGGGGGCAGCCGUGUGCGCGCAUGGAUCCGGGCGCCGCGCUGCAGGGGCGGGGGGCGGCGGGCGGCGGGCUGGGCCCGGGCUCCCCGGCGCUGUCGGGCGGCCAGUCGCGCCGGAGGAAGCAGCCCCCGCGGCCGGCGGACUUCAAGCUGCAGGUCAUCAUCAUCGGCUCCCGCGGGGUGGGCAAGACGAGCCUGAUGGAGCGCUUCACCGACGACACCUUCUGCGAGGCCUGCAAGUCCACCGUGGGUGUUGACUUUAAAAUCAAAACAGUAGAACUACGAGGAAAGAAAAUCAGGUUACAGAUCUGGGACACGGCAGGGCAGGAGCGAUUCAACAGCAUUACCUCAGCUUAUUACAGAAGUGCCAAGGGGAUCAUACUAGUCUAUGAUAUCACCAAGAAGGAGACAUUUGAUGAUUUGCCAAAAUGGAUGAAGAUGAUUGACAAGUAUGCCUCAGAAGAUGCAGAACUUCUGCUCGUUGGAAAUAAGUUGGACUGUGAAACUGACAGAGAAAUCACCAGGCAGCAGGGUGAGAAGUUUGCACAGCAGAUAACUGGGAUGCGGUUCUGUGAAGCAAGUGCCAAGGAUAACUUCAAUGUGGAUGAGAUCUUUCUGAAACUUGUCGAUGACAUUCUAAAGAAGAUGCCUCUGGAGGUGUUACGGAGCGAGCUGUCCAACAGCAUACUCUCCUUACAGCCAGAGCCUGAGAUCCCACCAGAACUGCCUCCGCCGAGACCCCACGUGAGAUGCUGUUGAUUCGCCGCUUUGGAGACGGAAUGGAAAUGAAUCCUGGAAAAGGGGAGAAAUUUCCUAUCCUGCACUACAAUCAUCCUGACAAUUUCCUGUCGCACUUUGUGAUCCAAGUCAGAGCUAGACACUAACUUGUAAAUACGCAAAUAUUGCGAUCCUGGGUAAGUUUUGGUUAGAAUUCACUUAUUUCCCUCCAAAUUAUAUUUCAUGCUAAGUUAUCCCAGUACCUAGUGUACACACACUGGAAAACAACAGUACUUCCAUUACAGAGAACGGGAGAAACAAGAGAUGGUUUUGAAAUGGAUUUAAUUGUCCUUGUUGAUCAUUUGAUGAGGAUGGAAGAUAUUCUGAUAAGAAGAAUGAAUGUUGGUGCUUUGCUUACUGUUUUAAAGGAAAUUUGUAGGACGGAAGACUUUUUUGUUGGGGAGGGGGCGUAAAGGCUGUCUUAAGUGCUUUUUCUUUAUUCACAAGACAUUUCCCCCACCUGUAGCAUCUUUGAAAUAUCUGUGCUCUGCCACAGAGCAAAGCCCCACUCAUAGCUGACCUUGAAGGUUAUUCAUUAUUGUAAGUAACAGUAGAAUAUUACUACUUAGAGAAUAGGAUUUGACUCGGUUCUGAGGCUACAGAAUCUCUCUUAUGGAUUCCUAAUGGACAAAGGAAAACCUUAUGCUUUUAAGGACUAUAAAGACUCAAUAAAGGAGUGUUUUGAAACUAGAAGAUUUUAAAACAACGCUGCUGUCCUAAACAAAUCCUGUUGAAAGGAACUUUAAAGAAAUACAUUUUACUAUAUCAAAGAACAUACAUGUAUUUGCCUAAACAUUCUAUACCUUUGUAAUGAUAAAGUUUCUCCCCAUUAUUACAUGGUGAAGAUUAUUCCUAUUAAGCCUAAAUUGUUUAUUUCCCCCCCCCCUUUUUUUUUUCCUGGUCGGAAAUGAAUUUGUGAACUCUUUGGUAUAUCUUUUAUUAAGCUGCACUGUUUUGUUUAGUCAAGGUAAAUAAGUAAUUAUGUAUUUGAAUAACUCAGCGUGUCUUGAGUGUUGUGAUAUGAAAAGCAUUGUGGUCUUUCUACACUAAUGAAGUGCAAAUAAAAUUUUGUAUUUAUGAAUGA